UUCCCUUCUUGCUGUUACCUGUCCAUCUCCACACUGCCUACCGGCAAGAGCCCAGCACAAAUCCAGCUAGCAGCCCCCGGGAACGCUGGAGAAACUGACCAGGAAGCAACAGGCAGGAUUUUGCAGCAGUGAAACUGAUCAGCUUGAUCCCAUUCGGGGAAUUUCAGAUCCAGAAAGGGACAGCGAAAGAGAGGAAGAAUCAGACUGAGAAAUCCCCCACCCCCAGCUGCUGCCCACCCGAUUUCCUGGAUUUUUUUAAAACUGUUAUUUUCUUUUGUAUUUUAUUUUACUUUCUAUGCUCACUGCAGGACAGGGCAGGCGGUGAGAAGGAAGUGGCCCUGGUGCUAGAGAAUUCAAAGGGAUUGUGCCAUUAUCACAGCGCCCGUGCGUGUGAGCGUCGCCUCUCACCCGGCUUACGGAACCGGAAAGCUGGGAGCCAGGAGCUGAAUUGGUUUUCCUCAGGUUUACUCUGGCACGGAGGCCACCUGGGCUGGGCAGAGCCGAUGAGUAAAGGAGAAACGUGGCGUGAGUGGAAAUAACCAAGGACGCAGGAGACCUGAGGCAGAGCGAGUGAGCGCUUUGUGGAGAAACAGCCAGCCGGAGCAGGGCGAGCGGGACCCUCUGCUGUGUCUAGCACAGGAAGGAGAAAAAAACCCAUCCUUAAGUUAUUUAAAAACUGGGAAAUAAUUCACUUCUUAUUUAUUGUCGGGGGGUAGCGUUCGCUGGUGUCGAAGGCUCCCUUCAGUGACUGACUCUGUGUGCCAGGGGCCAUGGCUCUCUCUCAGGUGCAGUGUCUGGACAACAGCCACGUCAACUGGCGAUCCAGCGAGUCCAAGCCGGAGUUCUUCUACAGCGAGGAGCAGCGGCUGGCCCUGGAAGCGCUGGUCUCCAAGGGGCCAGAGGCCUUCUACGAGGUCCUCAAGAAAGAGAACAUUCGGGACUUCCUCUCCGAGCUGGAGCUCAAAAAGAUCACGGAGUCGGUGGAAACAUACGACCCGGGGUCGGAGUACAUCCCGCGCCCCGGGGGCGGGGACAGCGACGGGGACUGCGCCAGCCAAGGGGGCCCGGGAGAGCUGGCGCCCUCCUUGGAGUACUGGCCCCAGCGAUCCGACCGCUCCAUCCCGCAGCUGGACCUGGGCUGGCCCGAGUCCGUGGCCUACCGGGGGGUCACCAGGGCCAUGGUGUACAUGCAGCCGCCCAUCGACGGGCAGGCGCACAUCAAGGAGGUGGUGAGGAAGAUGAUCGUCCAGGCUCAGAAGGUCAUCGCUGUGGUCAUGGACAUGUUCACGGAUGUCGACAUCUUCAAGGACCUCCUGGAGGCGGGCUUCAAGCGGAAAGUCGGCGUCUACAUCAUCGUGGAUGAGACCAAUGUGAAAUACUUCCUUCAGAUGUGCGAGCGCACGCAGAUGCACGCCGGGCACCUGAAGAAUCUCCGCGUUCGCACCACGGGAGGGACGGAAUUUUUCACCCGUUCGGCCACGAAGUUCAAAGGUGCCUUAGCCCAGAAGUUCAUGUUUGUGGAUGGUGACCGGGCGAUGUGCGGCUCCUACAGUUUCACCUGGUCCGCAGCCAGGACCGACAGGAACAUCAUCUCGGUCCUCUCCGGCCAGGUGGUGGAAGCGUUCGACAAGCAAUUCCAGGAGCUGUACCUCAUGUCCCGGGGGCUGAGCCUCAAGUCCAUUCCCAUGGACGAGGAGCCGGAACCGGAGCCGCUGUCUCUGCUGUCCGUCGCCCCCGUCGCGCCAGCCAACGCCGUGGUGAAGAAGCUGAUUAACCCCAAAUAUGCCCUGGUGAAGGCCAAGAGCGCAGAACUGAUCAGCAAGAUGUCGGCCGAGAGGCAGGCAGGCGCCGGCAGGAAGGAGCAGAUGGACAGCAAAGGCAAGGCCUUGCCUGAGGGCCAAGGUGCCAAGCGGUCGAACGACAUGGCCGACCAAGCUCCAUCCAUCCACCCCGCGCUCCUCCACAUGGAGAAAGCCAACAUGUUCGACUACCUGCCCACUUGGGUGGAGCCAGACCCAGACCCCAGCGAAAUCUUGGGCUACAUCAACAUCGUCGACCCCAAUAUAAAGGACCUGAAACUCUCCCAACUGAGCCGCAUCAAGGUCUGCGACAUCUCCCAGGCCAACCUCCAGCACCGGCAGAUGCUAAAGAACAAGGAGCUGGAAGCCAAGAGAAGCCAAGAGGCGUCUGGGCCCAGCCAAGAGCCAAGAGACGCCUCUCCCGCCCCAGGGUCGGCCAUUCCACCACUGUGGAACCAGGACCCAUACAUGCACAGGCCCAAGCAAAGUUUGCAUCCAUACCCCCAGGCGCGAGAAAACUCCAGGGCCCAGCAAAUACAAGACAGACGGAACCAGUGCUAAAAGACCCACCGCAGCCCUCAGCCCCCCGCCGUACUGGCAAAGCAAAGGGUUCAGUUCCCCCAGGGACGUGCCACCCGGACACCUCUCACAAGGCAAUAGCAGAGCAACCGGCAAACCCUUAAUCUCCC